AAAAGGAAGAAGAAAGAAUAAGAAACUCGCACAAAAGAUAAAAAGGAGGAAAAUGGCGAAGAAAUUUGUUGCCGCGUUGCUUUUGUGCAUGGUUGCCAUUGCAGCAGUUCACAUUCUGAAGGCCGAAGCCGUCGAUGAGAACCAAUUCAGAGACUGCUACAGUACCUGCCACAAGGAAUGCUUCAAUGACGGCUCCGGCAAUGGCUUUACCUUCUGUGAGAUGAAGUGUGACGCCGAUUGCGCUGGAAAAGAGAUUAAGGCCAAAAUUGCAGAAAUGGCAUCUUGAAGGAUAAACAAGGCUGCAGGUUGAAGAGCCCAUCAGGGGUUGGGAAAAAUAAUUUUUCAGCCUUCAAUUCGAGCUUUUCCAUGGGAUUAUGGAGAAAUAAGUGUCAUAAGUUUUUUUUUUUUUUUUUUUUUUUGGAGCAUUGAUUGAAAGCAAUCGCAUGCUUGGUAGGACUAUAAUAAGGUGUGGUCAGACAUUAAUAUUCUGUGUCAUGCCCACCAUUACAUUUCUUGUUGAAUUGAAUUUUUGUAUUUUCCUAAAGUGGUUUUUA